UCGUUUACUUGGUCUCUACCACCAGGAAAAAAGAGUAAGAUAGCUGCUGAAGGCGAAAAUGGCGGUUUCUCUCCCGAACUCGUUUCUUCAGAUUAAUCCAUGUGUUCCUUCUCUGGAAUUGAGAAAGCCAGCUAUGGCGGCAUUGGUUAACGGCGCGAGAGGAGGGAAACAAUCGGCGAGAAGUACCAAUUCGGUGGUUCAAAUAACAUGUCGUAAGAAGGAUUUGCAUCCCGAGUUCCACGAGGACGCCAAGGUUUACUGCAAUGGAGAGCUGGUGAUGACAACUGGAGGAACUAAGAAAGAGUAUGUGGUUGAUGUUUGGUCAGGUAACCAUCCUUUCUACCUCGGGAAUCGCUCGGCGUUGAUGGUUGACGCUGAUCAAGUUGAGAAGUUUCGUAAGAGGUUCGCUGGCCUCUCCGAGAUUAUGGAGAUACCUGUUCUUAAAGGUGAGAUUGUGCUGCCCACGAAGAAAGGUAAAGGUCCUGGUAAAGGCAAGAAGAAAUGAUGAGACUUUUGUUUUACCUGGUACAAAAAACUUGAAUUUCUUGUUGUCUUUUUUCAAUUGGAAUGGAUACUGCUUAGGCUGUUUAAAUUUGUAUGUUAAUGCUCUUCUGAAUGCAAUUUGAUUAUGUUUUUGUUUUUAAAUCUGUUUGGUUUCAUUGAGAGUGAGUAUGAAAAUUUGGGACUUUGGUU